CUUAUCAGGGUUACAAACAUCGUUCAGGUGAAUAUUUGUGCCUAUCGUAUCUUGAUGAUCGUCGUAACGCAUUUGAUUGUGGCGGCCGAAGGAAACAAACAAAAUACUGUGUAACGACAGGAGCACAUCUUUGAAAUGUGAUGAUAGCUUGCGAAGCUAUCGCGACGGUUCGCCACUUUCGCUGAACGAGAACCGUUUUCAGGUCAAUCAAACCAUUUUAUGCGAAAACAUCUUCAUCACCGACUUCCCGGCUAAGCUACUAACAGCUCUCCUCAUGACGCCGGUAAGGUUGCCCAUCCCUGGACCCAAGCUUGGCCGAUGCGUGUGGAUUAAAUUAUGAGGAAAAUGAACAUUUACUUCAGCGAAAGCAACGUUACCGAGCGGACGCACAUAUACCGCGGCACAGUGUUUUCCGGGCCCUUGUACCUUGUAAACCGCGUUUUCUUUUUGGGUGCAAUUUUAUCGCGUUCCACCGUGUACACUCGUUCUGUGCCACCGCAAACGGAACGCUAGCUAAUUGGCCACCGAAAGUUCACGGGCGGUGAAGAAAAUAGCGAGCAGCAAACGGCAACCCAUCCAUACGCGCGUGGUGAAAAACGUUGGUGCUUUGGCCGAACCCAGCAACGGUUUGUCCGGCAGCUUUUCCCGGCGAGGAGGGAAUUGUGUGAAUUUUUUGCGAGUUGCUGUUAAUUUUGUUGUGGAAGUUUGGAAUAGUUUAAACUGUGUAAAAGUCCCAUCGGAUCGUUGUGAGAAGAAAGUUGGUUCAAACAUUAGCGAAAAACGCUUCGGAAAACAUAUUACAAUAGCGCAUUUUCCGGCAAAGUGCAGUGUGUGAGAUACUCGGAAGGAACUAGGAGAGCCGCAUUUCCACUAGGAAAACUGUCGCCAAGUAACGCACAUAGCGCACAUAUGGAAGCGAGUCUACGCCGGCAAACUACUCCGAGCUCCAGCGGCAUAUCGGUGGCGCUUCGUACCGCAGUUUGAAGUUUAGAAAGCUAAUCAUUGCGUGCGAGAUAAUCAACUUCCCUUCUGAGCGGGCGAGACUCAUGCUCUAGACGAGAUCCGGCCAACAUGUACGCACACCCCACCCGUAUGCGAGUGAUGAAGUAGUCGCACUUAUGCUGAUAACUCUGGCAGCAUAUAAUCGUGUAACGCAGGGCGUAGUGAAGUUUUGGUGUUUUUUGCAGCUGUUGUUGUGUGAGAGCGGGGGUCUUUAGCCGGCCAUCAUCAUCAUCAUCGUCGUCACACAGAGCAACUAGACUCACGAGACUACUCGAAGAUCCCUGCCUUCCGUAGUUUCCGUAUCCGUAUCAACAAGUGGCUUUUCUACCGUAGAGCGUGCGCAUCGGGCACGAAUUCUUCCGCCAAGAAAUUCUACGUUCCAGACCGCGUGGUCCAGUGCGCUUCGGGCGUGUGUGUGUGUGCCGUGAUCGAUGCGAGCGAAGGAAUUUUGAUGAAGUGAGCCUAGACUAGCGUGUAGCGGCCGACCAGUUUUCACUAUCACCCGAGCGGGGCGAACCUCAGAAAACUGACCGUCCAGAACCUGCCCAGAACCUGAAAAGUGUGUGUGUGUGUGGGUGUGGAAUGAAAAAAGCGCAACAUAAUUAGAGCUAAUUAGAGCACCACGAAAACCCUGAACCCUGCGAAGAACCGAGCCGAUUCCGAAUCACGUGGAGCUUCGGCAGAACGGAACGACACUCCCCGGCCAGGAUCAUACAAACGAUUAUCCUGAAGAGCGCGAAUCCGCUCACACACCAUCAAGAAUUUCGCGCCGGAACUAAGCGCUCGCUCGGAAGUGUUUGUUUGGUUUGGGUGUUACGAAAAGUUUGGUGUGUUUUUUCCGAUUUCGAGUGUCGAGUGUGUGGAGUGCCUCAUGCUUGUGUUUGUGCGAGUGUUGGUGUGUGCGUGAAAGAGAGAGAGAGAGAGAGAGAGUCGGUACAAGUGCUGUGUGCUCCAGUGUGCUGGAAUGUGUACCAAGGUACGCGACCCGGUCAGUGACAGUGAGUUGAUGAAUUGGUGCUGCUGAUGCUGAUGCAUCUCAGGAUCAGGUUGUUCUAGUGCGCACGUGUGGUUGUGUGUGUGUGUGUGAUCUGUGGGUAGUAGUAUCCAGCACGGAAAAGGAAAGAAAAACAAGAAGGAAGCCCAAAAGUAUCCACCGCCAAAGGUGUCGUUUGGCCGAACACGGUAGUAGCAGAGUUGCCUCCCACAGCAGCGAGGAGGAGCGUAGCGUGUUUAGUGUGUGUGUGUGUUGGUGUGUUCCUGUCCGAUUUGCGGGUGCAUCAGGCACCUCUUAACGGCCGUCAAGCUGGAUUACCUAAACGCGAUGGAUUUCGACGACGGGGACCUGAAGGAUAUUUGGGACACCGAUCUCGAUGCGAACCUGCAAGACACACUGAAGAUGUCCAACUAUCCGGACAUCCAGGACUGGAUGGAUCCAAACUCCAAGCUACCGCCGGUCAUCCUGAACGACAAGCUGAUGACGGACGCGAUCAUCGGGACGUGUAUGCCGAUCAAGACGGAACACUCGUACAGCCUCAACUCGGACGGUGAUUCGCUGCCAGACACGAUCCCAGAUUCACCCCACAGUCUGCAGAACAAGAUGGAUGCAGAUAUGGAUGAGGAAUGCUAUCCGGCAAUCAGCAUGAAUGGCAGCAGCAAACAUCAGCACAUCAUUCACAGACAGAAUCACACGAACUCGCUGCUAGCCAACGGGCAAACAAGGGACAGUAAACCAACGUUUGCCGGUAUGUCCCUGCUCGCGAACGGUGGUCUGUCGAAUGCUGCGUCCGCAGGUCAACAGCAGAGCGCACAAAUUGCCGCCAAUGGCGGCGGGUUCCUCACCAGCAAUGGCAGCCUCAUCAGCAGCAACAACAACAACAAUCACCUUGCGGUGAACCAUAACCUCAACCUGAAGGAGAGCAUUGCGGGUUUGAAAGGAUUGGCCGGGUUCGGUUCGUCCUCUUCCUGUCACGAUUCGUCCUCAUCCACAUCCGCCAGCAUCGCUUCCGAUAUCGACAUCGACGAGACGACAGUGAAGGAGGAACCACUGUCGCCGAGCUCGAGCUGUCCACCAUCACCGAUCGGGUCGGGUUGCGGCGGAGGCGGCGGUAGUAGUGAAGGUGGUGGAGGUUCCCUGCACAACAGCUUCGGCGUCUCCGCGGUAAGCCUUGGAGCGUACGCCCAUUCGGAUCUUGUCCUCGAGCAUAAGAAUGGUUCCCUCCAGCUGGCAUCCGCCACACAGAGCCUGCUCAAGAAUCAGCAGAUCAUGAUCGCCACCAGCAUUCCACAGCAAAGCUCAACCACCCAGCAGCAGCAGAAGCUGGUAAUGUCCAAGCUAAACAUCAAGAUGGAACCACAAUCGUCCGGGUUUGGGCUGCCGCCGACACCACCGUCCUCGCUACCGAGCGACGAAUCGGAGGGCAACCAAAGCCCCGAACAUCACGUCUCACCCAUGUCUCCGCCAACCGAUAUCGGCAGCACGUCCAGUGGCGCCAACUCGACGACAUCCAGCCGCCGAACGUCACUGCACGCGAGCAGCACCAGCUCGGGGGCCGGUUCUCAGAUCGGCAGCACCGCUGGUGGGCAGUCGGCAACCACUACCUCCCGCCAAGCGUCCGGCGCUAGUCACCACAGCUCCGCUGGUUCAUCACCGUCCGCCUCACAGUCGACCACCAGCUCGACGAGGCAGCCGAUCCACACCCCGCUCAUCAGCAGUCAACCGAAGGGUUCCACGGGAACGCUCAUCUUGACGGAAGAGGAAAAGCGAACACUUCUGGCCGAGGGCUAUCCAAUCCCGACCCGGCUUCCGCUGACCAAAGCCGAAGAGAAAUCUCUCAAAAAGAUUCGGCGGAAAAUCAAGAACAAGAUCUCCGCCCAGGAAAGUCGGCGAAAGAAGAAAGAGUACAUGGACCAGCUAGAGCGUCGGGUGGAGAUACUGAUGUCCGAGAACCUCGACUACCGCAAGCGAGUCGAAACGCUCGAGGAUUGCAAUCAGAAUCUGCAGACGGAGCUGUCGAAGCUGCGGCAGCUCAUCACCCGACAGGGCGCUCGGAAGGCGUCGUAAGCCGCCCCCAACCAUACCGUCCAGGGCGGUCCAGGCGUAACACAAAUGUACAAAUUUAAUUGCUAAUGUCCCGAAGACGAUGGUCGUGGUCAAGCGUAUAAGGGAGUAUAAGGAACGAUUUAGCCUAUUUACUUACUAGACCGACCCAGAUCGAUUCGAUCGAACCGGCCGGUCUUGGGGAGGAGUAUCGUGCAAUAAGGAACAGCGAUAAGGAGUGAUAGGAGUGGUGAAAGUCUUCCGCAGGCACACAUCCUAGCGAGGGAUCGGCGAUGUCCUCUUCAGAAAUUUCAGCAGUUUGUUAGUGCGAUAUCGCUGUAGAAGGCAGGCCUCACCUGUAGGGCACGGAAAGUAAGUUAACAUUCCAAAACCAUGUUGAGGUGGAUGUUGUAGCACCUUUUAAAAUGUAAUUCUAUCGAGAGAAGCUGGGACUUUCGGGGCUGAGGGAUUCAGAAGAAAAAAAAACGUGUGCCUUGUUGUUUUGUAGGUACCGUUUUCGUACUUGUAACGGAUCUUUUUAAGUUUUUCACAAGGUACAGGCUACCUUACGAACGGAAAAAUGGUUAAACUGGGGAUGGGCUUUUGGUUGUGCUGUUUUUGUCUCUUGAUAUACAGUUUUUGUUACCUCGCUUUGAAUUUGUUUAAACUUAGCAUUUACACCGGCCUGGCGUGAGGCAAUGCAAACCGCCACCAGCGCCAUCUAGCGGUCGCUAGCGCAAGCCGAAUUCGAACUUGAAUUUCGUCGUUGUGCUAUCGACGUUUUCGAACCGGGUUUUUUGCACGUUCUUUGUUACAAUUUUAUAAAAACAAGUAUGUAAAAUUCUUUCCCCUUUUUACCGGUACUCUUGGAGGUAAUGUUUAAACGACGCACGAAAAGAAAAUCGAGUAAAUCAGUUGAUCUUUUUUUACCUUUUGCACCAGCGCAUAUUAGUAAAGUAAGUUGCUCACAGCUGCUGGAAGGGCACACAGCAAAGAUACCUUGGGGAGGGGGACCGCAACGUAGCGAAUGUAGCUGUAAAUAUCGCACCUUUGUUCAGCGGGUUUUUCCUACCCGCUACUCCUUGUCGGGAGGAAAAAUCGGCGAACGAAAACGAUCAACAGUUCGGGACUGAUUCGGGUAACAGUUAUUACUUUGUCACUAAUGCAAUGUGGUUUACAUUUGCUUGUUGUUUGUUUGAUUGUUUGUAUGUGGGGCAGGCAGGUUGUUUGAUUAUAUUUGUAAGUGACAUUCAUUUGCAUGGUUAAGAGCUGUCGGUUAUUGUGUAAGCAGCACACCCAUCCACAGCACCCUGAGACGUGUGUGCGUGUGCCUGGGGUUUUAGCAUUUAAGCAUUGUGGCGUGACACCCAAACCAAUUUAAACCGAUUAAUGAUUUUGUAUAUACGAGGGGGCACUUUUCCGGAAAAGCUCAACCGAUUUUUUUCUCUCUCGAGUGUCAAAAGUCGUACUUAUCAUUUGUGUGCGCUAUUACAACUUGCUAAAGGGUCUCUAAACCCGUCUUAAUCCAGAGAGAGAUAUCCGAGUACGGGAUACAUAUUUUCUUACGCCUGCUUUACGGAGGGCAAACAGUCGUUUAGAGCUUUUACACGGAUGCAGUAGAGAAUGGGAAAGCGAAAGAGAAAGAGAGAGAGUAGCAAACAUAUUUACAACGAUAAUAGGCUGAUAAAUGAUUAAUUUUAUAAAAGAGAAAGGGAAAAAACAGUGCUGGUGGACUUAAGGUAGACAAAUUGACCAGCAGAAGGCAGACUGGAGUGCGCUUAGCUAAGAAAAAAAAAACUACACAAUUAUACAGAAAAAAACACACACACAAACCCCCCUUAAAUAAUAUAGAACAAAAUGUAAAAGAUAUACCAGAUAAAAGAAAACUACCUAUUUAUAGCGAAUGUGUCAGAGGAACCAAGCGAUGACUUAAGUAUAUAGUUGGUAAGAGAGAAAGGAAGAAAGGAGUCUAAAUAAGUAAGAGAAAAAGCAUAAAAAUGUGAAGGAGACGAAGAGAGGAAGUUAGGAGAGCUUAGGCACUUCUCAAAGCGGGCCGUUAAUUUCAAACCCCUAUUCAAUCAAUUUCGUUAGUCGGUAACGUUUACUUACGGAUAGUAGCGAUUAAGGUUUAGUUUAAAUUACACAGUUUAUUAUGUUUUUUGUUUUUCUGGGUAAGAAGAGCAUCGGUUUCCGGCUAGCAAGCUAGAAGAAAUCUUUCGGAAGCUGCUGGAAUUAAAAAAACGACGACGACGACGCAACCUCUUUCGGACAUUUGCUAGAAUCGAUUCGGGAAGCUUCAAAUUCUGCCAUUUUAAUUAUUUAAUAGUUCAUUCAUAAGGAUAGAAGGAAACAAACAAAAGCAUAAAGGGGAACAGACACACACGCAGACACACUCGUAAUCCGACGAGGAUUUCGAUUUGAAGCGCAUGAUUUAGUUUAAUUAGCAACACAUACAUUGGUUAAGGAUAAGUUCUUUAUCGGUUUGUUUAGCGUUAUGCGAACGCGAGUUAGAUGAAUUUUUGUUUUGUAAUUGAAUUUAAUUUAUAUCUCUCAUUGGACAUAUCCCUUGGGCCCAGCGCUGGUAAACGAUGGUCGGGCAAUGGGUGAAAGACCCGCAUUGCUGUAUUGCAUUUGUUUUAAAGAUGUUCACCUAACUGUGCGUUUUCUUUCGUAGGGAAGUAAUCAUAAAAAAAAAUCAAUCAAUCACGUUCCAACGACGACUGAUCAUCCGUUUGCUGUUUCGCUUUUAUGUAAAUUAAAAUUAACUACUUCGGAUCGUUCUAUUUUUCGUGGCUCUUAUCGAGCUUCCAUUUUGUUGUUCUCAAGGUGCAAUUAUCAGCUGUUGAUUAUGACGAAAUUGUUUUAUUAGUAGAAACUUCUGUGCAAUCGAAGAUAUUAUUUAGAAGGAAAUCCUGCCUUUUUUUGUUACCUGUUAAACUGUUUUGCUUACUGUGACAAAAAGAUUCCUUAUUUUAUUUUAUCAGUUUUUAUGAUAAUCUUUGGUCCAAUUCCUGCUUUUCAAAUGAACUGUCAAUGUGUCGGUUUGGCUCGGUUUUUUAACGACCAAAAAAAGGAACAACGGCUCUUGAAGUCUAAAAAUACCAUUCUCUAUCAACCCUAACCUACGAGAAUCCGACCCAUCUUGCGCAGGAAUCCGUCGAAUGUUGGCAACGAGGAAAUUAAUGAAAAAGAUGCUCCAACAGCUCGAGCGGUGAAGUGCAUGAGUCAAAGGUGGAAAAUUCUAAUCCAAUUCCGACCAACGCCGACUGGCAUUUGCACCCAGCCGCAAACACGCUCGUCGGUCUGGCUGCGUUGCACAUGGUGCUGCAUGUGCAGUCACCUAUUUUUAGUCACAUCGGUGCAAAGAUCAGUAAGCCGUUUGCUGCUAAACUGUGUUGGUUUGCCGGUGACCGAUCGACGAGUGCACAUCUUACACUCCCGCUGGCUGCAACUAUUGGACGGCCGGAAAACAUGAAAUGCAUUUACCAGAACGCGCAGAGAAGUGAACAGAAGAGAAAGUGGAAAAGAAUAAUAUUAACAGUCAAAGUGGUCGAAGAAUAUGUUUGAACCAAAAAGAUGAAACCCCGAACAGACAGGAAGGAAAUCAGCAACCAACAAACAAGGAAACCACAACAACGAUUAAAGGCGUAAAGGCGCGAGAUCGAACAGUAGUGUGUAGAAAAGAGGGGGGGGUUAAAAAACCCAGGGAGAGUUCUGGGACUUAGACACUUAAUUGAAAUAGUUUCGUUUAGUAAGAUUAGGCCUUUUGUUUCUUUAAGAUUUGUUUUUUUUUCAUUAUUAUUGACUUUGUGCUUAACGUUUAAGGCCUUCACUGUUCGUUCCAACUAGCGUAUUACCGUGUUUCUUCCGUUAGUGUUUAAGAUUGGAUAAGCGAGAGAGAAAGAGAGAGAGAGAGAGAGCUAGUGUGUGUGUGUGUGGAGUUUUGUGAAACGUAUUUGGAGAAAUGAAAGGAAAAAUUGGGAAAAGUUUCCAGCUUGGGAAAACACUACCACCCCACAUAUGUGCAACAACCAAUACAUGUGCAAGAGAGAAGAAGUGUAGGGCGAAAAAUGAACACACACACACACAAUAUGGGUUUGAAAUAAAAUUUCCUCACUUACAUUUAUUGUAACGAGUAACCAGAA